AGAUCAGAAAGUUGCGUGUUCGAUUCACGUCGGGUUCAAACCCCCGAUCCAUGCGGAUCCUUCUUUUUUGGUUGUAAUUAUCACACAAAUUUAGGGGUAACUCCGUCGAUGUGAUGCACUUGUACACUUAUUUUUCACAAAAAAAAAAAAAAAAAAAAAAAAGCGCUCAUCUCCACAUGUUUCAUCACGGUUUCUACAAUUCUAUCCAUGGCUACGCUCUCCUUCUCCCUGAAUCUCUUUGGCCCAUCACCCUCUUCGUCUUCCUCAAAUCACUUCCCUCCUCAUUUCCCCACAGCCCAACCGGAAACUCCCAAAUUGUACCGUCGCGGGUGUAGUCGGAGAAAGCUCUUUUAUCAACCUACGAGGCUUAAUCUUCACCCGGUUUUGUUGCUCACUGGCCUAGAUAGGCCCUUAGAUACCCAGACUUUCCUCGCUACCAUCAGUGUUUUGGCGGCCAUUGCGCUCUCUCUUUUCCUGGGACUUAAGGGGGAUCCUGUACCAUGUGACCGCUGUGCAGGAAAUGGUGGCACAAAAUGUGUUUUUUGUGAAAAUGGCAAAAUGAAGCAAGAGACAGGCUUGAUUGAUUGUAGGGUAUGCAAAGGUGCAGGAUUGAUACUCUGUAAGAAGUGCGGAGGCUCUGGAUAUUCCAAACGUUUGUGACUUCUUCAGCAGCUUCCCCGGCCAUAACCUCAUAUAAAUUUUUAUCCUUAAGAUAGGUUCACUGAUGACACUUAAAUUCUUUUUCUAGUCCAUAUUUUUUGGCCUUCCUUCACCCAUUAAAUCUCCCCACCCUCUCUUGUAAUGAUCCUAAAGUAACUGAAUGAAAUUUGUAAAUUCUG